AUGGCUCACGUUUAUUACCGUCAUUAUUUUGCUAACAAGAUUAUUUACGAUGUUAAGCGGGAUAUUGUUCGUAAGAUUUUACAAAUCCAAGGGAAUUGCUCGGAAAAGGAGGCCCUUAAUGUUCUUACUUAUGAUGUGCGAAAUUUUGCGGACAUGGUAAUUUUUGUUCCUAACCAGAUUUUUCUUAUAAUUCUCAGUGCUAUUUUUACUUUUAUCGGUCUUAACAAGGCUCGGGAUAAUGUUUUGGGUGUUAAUUUGUUUGGUUUUGGACUACUUGCUUUACCAAAAGGACUUGUUAUUUCAAAAACACGUUUGAAUGAAUUCUUGGCUCGGAAAGAGCGGAACGACAUUCAAAACAACUUGGUUGUAAAAGAACCAAUUGCGGUUAUUUCUUUUCAAGAAGGCCAACUUAACCAUUUGACGGGGGUUAACGGGUUCGGUAAAAGCACAAUUAUUAGUUUGCUUACCGGAUUAUAUAAGCCCUCUGCUGGAAAGAUAAUCGUUAAUAACAAUUACCAACUCAGUGAUUUAAAUCUUCAUGUGUGA